GCUCACGACCCUAUUAAAUGAUGCAUGUCGAUUCCCGUUCCUCCCCAUUCUGUGUUAAGUUCAUGUGAAAAAAUAUUUUCCGAAGAAAGUAGUGGAAAAUGCAGGAAGAUCUUAUCCCUUUCCGUUUCCUGAAACGAUGGUGAUGUGUGAAACGAAAGUUCUGUUUGUGUUCAUGAUACAGGUUCGCGGGUCUUGGUUUCUGUUUUCAAUCUGAACCAUAUGCUGUUGAUACGCGCAUGAGAAUCAGAAUCGGAUGAAUUUGAGCUCUGGGAAUCACUCGGAAGAUGAUGUGUGUGAGGAUCUCACUUUUCGAAUUGCUCUAGUACUAGUUUCGGAUGAAAAUCUGCUCUAGUACUAGUUUCGUCGAUCUUGCCAUCAUCUAGUAAUCAUUCCAUUGUUUCAUAACGACCUCACAAAAUUUUGGAUGGUUCUUUCAAAAAAUUUCAGACAGCAGGCGUAGUGGGGGAAGUUUGUUACUUGACGGACGGGGAUGCGGAUGGAGCUUCAGCAUAGACACAUACUUUGCAACAUUUUUUCUUCAUAAGUUUGUCUCAUACUUACAUUGAUACAACCAUUUAUUGUUUGGUUGACUUCUUUGAUCACAUCAACUGUUGAAUAAUCAUAGGCUGGAGCUACCCAGAGAAGUUUCUUCUUGGACGUUCGGUUUAUCGACGUCCUUCUUUCACGAACAAGAUUUCGCGUAAGUCCGAACCUCCUCGUGUGGGUCAUCUUCAAUCUCUGCUGCCUGAAUUUGCUCGGAGGUGUUCUUGGUGCAGUCGCCGUAGCAGUGGUUCUUCUAGACCUAGGAUAGACAGGAACAUGGCCGCUGAGGAAAAGAUGACGGCAGACGAGGAACGAGAUAUCCAGGAAGGAGAGGAGGAGAUUUCUGCUGAUUACGGCAACUUCAUCAUUCAUGAUGGAUACCCUAAAAUUCAUGGUAGAUCUACCCUAUAAAAGUCUAAAGGUAACACAACAAAUUUGAAAUUUCUUUUUGCUAGUCUAAGCAAUCAAAAAAUCUCUAAUUUCCCGGGAAAACCACUUCCGCCUUGCGACACAACAUCAAAACCAAAGGAGCAAACGCGUACUAUUACGCACACAAUAGGGAGUUCAGUGUGCCAGAUGACGCGAUCGUCCGCACAGGACCCGGGAUCAUCACUGGUGGGGCGCCGACGCGUCUAGAGGAACCGGAUUUUGAACCAACCACGUCAGUAAAUCACGAACUUCGAAAAAUUGUUCCCCCAGGAUGCAAGAAGAUCGAGAAAUUUAUGGACUUGGUUGAUGGAGUGUUGAUUUUCGCAUGAUGUCAUCAUGUUUGAUUCAUCGGGUUACAACUUCUAUGAUGUUCGUCGCUCUUUAGGUGGAACAAAGAUAAUUUUUCAUGCAGAUAAUUUUUUUUUUGUAAGUUCGAGAUUUCGACUCCUCUUCUGAAAGAACACCUUACAGCUUUUGUCCUCUUUCAUACCCCACAUGCUUGUCGACGAAGCCGAGAAAAUCCAAGUCAUCUGGGAAGUUACGAAUUGUCUUACUGGUUCCGAAAAGGACAGCGUAAAAUCUCUGUGCGCGGAAGGGUUAGAUGUCGCCUUCCGAUGCAGCGAGAGCGGAUUCGUCUGCGUCAGCAAAGUAGGUGCUGGCGAAGAGAAAAGCCUGAUGCUAGCGGUAGACAAUCUGAAACAUUUGGUUGUACCCGAGAAAAGUAAGCAUCGGGUGAACAAAGACAAAGCAAAAGUAACGAUUACCCUAUGGAAACAGAUGGCGCAAAAAUGGGGAGGACAGUUGAUGGCGGAAGGGAGUAAAUAGGACCUCCCAUUGACAUAGGACUUCCCAUUGACGAUGAUUUGAUGAAUGUGUGAAGACUGAACUACCUAACUAUUUUUACUACAGAGCUGGCUGGUCGUAGUACUAAUUUUUAGUGUAGACGUGUUGGCUCAUCACUGCAGAUUAUGUUGCUUUCUCCAAUCACUUCAACUCGCAUCGAUUUAGUUUCAUGAAACAUAGAAGAAGCAUCCUACUUGUGUGACUUCUAUAUUAAGUCCCUUGUAAGAUAUUCUCAACAUUAAGAGAUUGACUCGUCCUCUCAUACUUCCAAUUAUAGUUUCCCAAAACCAACAAAUAACAACGCUCAAGAUGUAAGACGAUAUGAAUGAAUUGCAUCUUCUUUGGCAUCAUCGUCAAGAUGACUCCGAGAGACCUCAACUUUCCAGGUGCAUCCUCUAAGACUAAGAAAGUGCUUCAUUCUUUUUAAUGAUUCGCAAUAUAUUAUAG